CGGUGACUGAUGUGUAGAUGCGGUCACAGCUAUACAACUGCGUAUGAACAGAACUGCUGCGCCGCCAUCCAUCGUGGACCCAGAGGUCGGCGUCCAACUGGCCCCUGCGGUGGCCUGGCUCCAUGCGGGAGGCAUCCGGAGCCAUCGGCACCCAGUGCAACUGGGCAGCCAGACGCUCACACGCCCUGUCGCCCCUGGCCAGCCCGGGGGGUCGGUGGACUCGCUGCUCCUGCCGGGCUCUGUUCGCGGGGUGCGCUCCCUGAAGGCCCACGUGGCAGGAGAUCCGCUCCACCCCGGCGAGGCGGGCCCAGAGCCGGCGGCCACCGUCCUCAGAGGUCCGCCGGAGUCGCUGAACGCCACCGCGAUGGCGCGGGACGAGGUCUGGCCCUUCGCCGCACGCAACAGCACCGACAAGCCCAAGGAGUUCGGGUGCCCCAUGCCGCCCGAAGGGGGUUGGGGGGCUUCCAGGUGCUACUGGCGAGUUCCCACCGGAUGCACCAGUCAGAAGAUGGGGAGCAGCUGGAGGCACGACAGGUGGGCAGAGAAGAGCCUCAUGAGGGCGCACGAGCGCAGGGCCUUCAGCGUGAUCAUGCAGAACGCGGCGGCCUGCGAGGCGCGCAAGAAAGCCUGGGACGACUACUGCGGCAGCGACAGCGUGGAGAUGUACUUCGUCCCGCUGUUGAAGAGCACUGAGGAGCCGUGGGCGGCGCUCAAGGGCCUGAAGCGCUGAUAGGCCAUGCCCUGUCGCUCAGGCGUACUCUCGAUCAGCCGCUGAGGGCACCCGUGCUCCGCCUCGGGGCGCGGCAGCGUUUCCCCCGCGGGUCCAAGCCUCUCCCCUCGAUCGUCCAUCUCUCGGUAUGUCAGCAGGAUGCGGCUAGUGCGGCCCGCAGCUGCGCCGUCGCUCCGCACCUCCGGACGCCCGACCAGGGGAGCCAUCUCGACCAUGU